GCAUGGCCUUAACAUGACUAGAAACUCAUAAUUUUAUAUAUCUAUAUAUAUAUAAAUAUUUUAAAAAAAUAUAUUUUAUUUUAUAAAUUACCAGUUAAUUAUAAAAUGGUAUUCACAUGUUUUGUGUGUAAAUGGCGAGGAGAUAGAGAACCUCGAAGGUCUUUUCAUAAAUUUCCUGCGGAUAUAAAUGAAAGACAAAAAUGGCUGGAUAUAAUCGGAAGUAACAAAUCGGUGGGUAAACGAACAUCAUUAUGUUCAAUACACUUUGAAAAUAAUUGUUUUCGCUAUGGUUCAGUUGUGGGGAGAAAAAUUCUGAAUACUGGAAGUUUACCAUCGUUAUAUUUGACAAAAACACCAGAUUUACCUUUACAAGAUAAAGUUGAUGACAAAACGCCUGAUAUUGAACCUGAUUAUUUAUAUAUACUUGAGGAGCCACAAAUUUACGAGCAUAUUGAUGAAGUAGCUGUGAAAAGGUGCGUGGAAGUUAAUAAUGACAAUAAUUUGAAUCCAUUUAUCGGUACUGAUCAAAGUGCAAUAGUAGAAAACAGUUGGCAGUUUUCGGAACAUGAUUACUGUGUUCCUGCAACUAUUCCUGAUGUUGAUUGGGUGACUGCGAUGAGCAGCAGUGAAAACACAACUGAUGGACAAAUUAUUGAUGCCAAUUGUGAUACUUUAUGUGAUAAUUUUGAGCUUGGUCAUAUUGAUAUAAUUGAUAUUGAUACUUUUUCUAUCAAUGAUAAGCCUGAGGAAUAUAAUCAGUUAAAUAUAACGAUGAGCGCAAAUAAAAGUACACUCCCAGAAAUUGUUAAUCCAGUUUACAAAGAACAUGAUUAUUCAAUUUCUACUGCUUAUCUCAACGUAAUUUAGACUUCCGUUAAUAAUAUUGUUAGUUUUAUAUCAAGUUUUGUAUCAAAUAAAAUUAAUAAAGUUUUAGGUGAUUCGAAGGUGAAAUAGCUGGCCGAUUUUUUGGAAACUUGAUAG